UGGUCCUCAGGCUCCCAGCGGCGCUUCAAAGCCACGAAGAAGCUACAACUACCAAAGCAGUUAGAGACGGAGCACAGACUCAUCACAUCGAGACACUGCGAGCACACACACACACAAACACACACACAGUCAGCCGAAGUUAUCACAGUACAGACCAUGGCUGCUACACUGCUAGGGGAGGAGCCCCGGCUGGGCAGCACCCCUCUGGCUAUGCUGGCCGCCACCUGCAGCAGAAUCGGUGAGCCCAGCCCUUCGUGCUCCCCUGCUCUUUCCGAUGGGGCCCCGGGGCUCGUCAGGGGUUUUCACCCAUGGAAACGGAGCGCCCCGGGCACCAGCAGCUUGGGCACCUGCCUCACCUCACUCGAGGUUCCCUCUGGGACCUCCAGGAGUAACGGGACCGGGCUGACAGAGACCUCCAGCGCUUUCUCGGUGACCACCGCCACCUCCCCCUUUGGAAAUGAUUUUUCGAUGUACCAGACCGCUGUUCCAUCAGACACCAGUGUUCCCGAUCCCGCGCACACACAGCGGUCUGUGUUUCUGACCAAAUUUCCCCCCUCAAUGGAAAGCAUAGCGGGGAUAUACCCAAGGAUGCACUCACAUCCCUAUGAGUCAUGGUUCAAGCCUGUGGGGGAGGUUGGUAAUGGGUCUUCUGCCUGGUGGGAUAUGGGUACCAGCUGGGUGGACACCCAGAGCCCGACCGGGUUAUCCUCUCCUCUGAGCGGCUACAGCACUGACUACAGCUCCGCCUUCAGCUCUGGUGCGUCUCAGCAUCUGCUCCCCGCCGCGCAACACCUGUUUGACGGCUUCAGGCCACCUGCCCCGGCCUCCUUCUCAGAGUCCACCACGUCCGGUGCACCUGCGCUGACAGGAGCCCCCGUCGUGUCUCUGCCGGCAUCUUCCCGCUCCUCCUCACGUCGCUACACCGGUAGAGCCACCUGCGACUGCCCCAACUGCCAGGAAGCGGAGAGCCAUGGCCAGGGGGGCACGAGCCCGCGGCGGAGGGGCUUGCACAGCUGCCACAUCCCGGGUUGUGGUAAAGUUUACGGUAAGACUUCCCACCUGAAGGCUCACCUGCGCUGGCACACCGGGGAGAGGCCGUUUGUCUGCAACUGGCUCUUCUGCGGGAAACGGUUCACGCGCUCCGACGAGCUCCAGAGGCAUUUGCGCACGCACACCGGAGAGAAGCGCUUCGAGUGCUCGAUUUGCCACAAACGGUUCAUGCGCUCCGAUCACCUGAGCAAGCACGCGAGGACGCACAGCGCGGAGGGCUCAGAGGACAGCGGGGAACCGGGACUCGGUAAAACCAGCAGCGACACGGACAAUAGCAUCACAGGUAGCCCGAGCCAGUCUCCCGGGCUGCACGUGCGUGAGACUGUCCAGAGCACCAAGGGACAAAGUGCGGUGGAAUAAUUUGCAAAACUAAACGAACAAAGCAACACGUGGGCAUUUGAUCACCAGCCUGUAUGGAGUGUACUUAAAAACUAAAACUGGCACUUUAUGAUGAACUUCAGCUGCGGAUGAACAUUGUGUCCUUACCUCAUCUAUGUUAUUUUAGCCUUCUUUAAAAUACAUUUUUACUCUACAGUUUAUUUGAAGACAUUUGUCUGUGCCUAAUUUAUUCUACGAAAAUUCAUUUUUAUUAAUGGAGUAUUUGUUUUUAUAUAUCUGGGGUUAUUUGUUGAUAUACAUUGAUUCUACCAUUAUGGUUGUAGGUUAUCUUAAAACAUCUUUGGUUGGAACACUAAGUGUUAUAAUUUAUCUUGCUUGUAUCUCACUGACAUCAAUAAAACAGGACAAUUUUGGGA